AUAAACCAACCAUAUCACUUUAUAAUCCCAUAUCCUUCCCACAAACACCAAAACCUCAAACAUUCUUUCACAAUGGCAAGUGUAACUUCUUCAGCUGUUACCAUCCCAUCAUUCACUGGCCUUAAGACGGUUGCAUCAACCGCCUCAAGGGCCAGUGGUGUAAAGGUGGCAGCCGUCACCCCAAAGCUUUCAGUGAGAGCCUCACUGAAAGACGCUGCAGUGACUGCUGUCGCCAUUUCAGCCAGCGCGUUGCUUGCAAGCAACGCACUGGCAAUUGAAGUCCUACUUGGUGACAACAAUGGUGCCUUGGUUUUUGAGCCAGCCAACUUCAGUGUUGCAUCAGGCGAAACAAUUGUGUUCAAAAACAACAUUGGGUUCCCACACAAUGUUGUUUUUGAUGAAGAUGAAAUCCCAUCUGGUGUUGAUGCAGCCAAGAUUUCUAUGGAUGAGCAAGAUUAUUUGAAUGCAGGUGGUGAAACUUACUCAGUGGCAUUAACUGAGAAAGGGACUUACAGUUUUUACUGUGCACCACACCAAGGUGCUGGUAUGGUUGGCAAAGUUACUGUAAACUAAGUUUAUCUUGGUUGAUUCAUUUUUAUCAUUUAUGAAUAAACUUCAAAAAAAAAAAGCUGGUUUUGUAAAGAGAUGAUUAGACCAAGAUUUAUCCAAUCUCUAUUAUUAUUAUA